AUGGGCUUCAGAGAGUGCGCGAAUGGAGAGACGCUGGAUGGCGCAUGGAUGAGCCUUAACGGUGGUGUGGUCACACUAUGUGACAAGCCCACAUUCACCGACCUGGCCUCUGACACCAAGGAGCUUUUCCAGCUGUCGAAGAUCCGUUCAGGCGGAAUUGGCAUCAUUGACAUCGGCUACAGAACGCCAAACGAGUGUUGGGCAACAGGAGGCAGCGGCGU